AUGGAAUGGACAAACCCGCAAAGUACCAAUUCCAUUGAAUCUUCAAUUGCAUAUCACAGCUCUGCACAACAAUCGUUCCCACCACCCGAAAAUGUUAUUCCCACUUUCCCUAAAUUCAAGCUUUUGUCUCCCGAGCUACGGAUGCUGGUCUUCAAGGAAGCUAUUCCUGAUCGCAAUUCACAAGUGGUAGAUUUCUACUUUGCAGUUUGUCCGCACCCUAGCAAGUUUUUGGUUUCAAUCAACGAUGAGAUAUCACCUGUGAGCCAUUUACUGCCGCUUUUGAAUGCCUGCAAACUCUCACGAGAAAUGGUCCAUAGCCAGUUGAAACACAUCAAAUUAUCGACACCAGAUCCGCACGGUACUAUGCGAAGGUUUUUUGAGGGAGUACCAAUUCGUCAUUUCUGGGCGAAUGAUAGACAUCUCGUUCAAACUUACAUCGAUUCUGUGAGAGACACCCUGAUGAUCAAUAUCGCAGAUCUUGUGUUGCUGAGUUAUUACAGAACAAGCAUAGAUUUCUCCAACGUUGAGCGCCUUGCAAUCACCUCAUUUCUGACUGACUUCAAUUGGCUUAUGCAGAGUACAUUGAGAAAUCUGAGAGAAUUUCUGAACGGUCUUUUCGCAAGGUGUCCUGAUGUUAAAGUUCUUUGGAUAGUAUCAGAUGUUCCAGGUGACGGUUUUGCAAUUCGCUACCGGUCGGGACAAAGGAGGGGGUAUCAUUUGAUCGACCUUGACAUAGAAAUGUGGUAUGACAACUAUUGGGACAAUUCUGGCCGCUUGAUUGAGAGAUCUCGUAUGCAUCGCAUUCAAGAUGUGCUUGUCGAUGCUGAGAUUAAGGAAAGUGACUUUUUCGGUGAUCUAAGGUAUUUGCAAGAAAUAGAUUAUGAGGGAAACUUCAAACGCUGGAAGGGUGUGAAGCUUACAAUUGCGUUCCUUUGCGAGCUUGAUACCAAUUCUGAUUGGGAAACUUUGGGGAAGCAGGCGCCCGAGCCCAGGCUUUACUGUUUCUCUUUCGAUGCGUGGAUUCCAGAUCAUGAAGAUGGAUCGCCAUUGAAUCAAUAUAAGGGGCUCGCACAGAUCUUCGAAGAAGCUCCGUGGUAG